UUCUCUGCAUAUACUCACAUGUUCUUUGAAGAAAUAUUAAGGAAUAGGCAUUAUGAUCUCCAACGUUGUACCUGUUCCAAAUGGAGAAAUUAUUUCUCAACAUGACCAAAAGAAGCAGAAACCUAAACUUUCCUUUAUUGAUAUUGUUUCAUCUCUCAAGGAUAGAACAAGCAAGUGUGAUAUGAGGAAAAUAAUACAUAGUGUUAAAGUUGGGCUGGCUUUGGUAUUGGUGUCGCUUUUAUAUCUUUUGGAUCCUCUGUUCCAGAAAGUUGGACAAAAUGCCAUGUGGGCUAUUAUGACUGUUGUAGUUGUCUUCGAGUUCUACGCAGGUGCUACACUAAGCAAAGGCAUAAACCGAGCGAUUGGUACAGUAUUGGGCGGAGGAUUGGGAUGUAUGGCUGCAAUUUUAGCUGACAAAAGUGGAGAAAUUGGCGGAGCCUUAGUUGUUGGCAUCUCUGUGAUUGUCAUUGGUGCUGGUGCAACGUACUCAAGGAUGAUACCAAGCGUGAAGAAGAGAUAUGACUAUGGAGUUAUGAUCUUCAUAUUGACAUUCAAUUUGGUAGUAGUGUCUGGAGUAAGAGCUGACAAAAUCAUGAAAUUGGCUGGAGAGAGACUUUCCACCAUUGGUAUGGGUUUUGCUGUCUGCAUAUUUACAAGUUUCAUCUACCCCAUCUGGGCUAGUGAUGAACUUCAUUCCUCCACUGCUUCUAAGUUUGAUAAACUUGCCUCUUCUAUCCAAGGGUGCUUAGAGGAAUAUUUUAAGAUAGCCGAUGAUAAAGAAAAACAACCAACUAUUGACGUCAGUGGAUGCAAAUCAGUGCUGCAUUCCAAGUCCAGUGAUGAGUCACUGUCAAAUUUUGCGAAGUGGGAACCUUGGCAUGGGAAAUUUGGAUUCUUUUAUCCAUGGGAGAAGUACUUGCAAAUUGGAGAGGUUCUAAGGGAGCUUGCGGCAUCCGUUCUCUCAUUCAAAGGUUGUGUUCAAUCAGUCAGACAGCCAUCCACAACACAAAGAGACAGCAUAAAGGAGCUAUGUGAAACAAUAGGAUUGUCAAUUGCAUGGAUUUUGAAAGAGGUUGGAGAGAGCAUAAGGGACAUGAAAAUAUGUCGUACUAAAGUUUUGAUAAGUCCGAGAACACAAUGCAUGAUACAGGAGCUAAGUCUCCUUGUAAAAACAUUGGAGAAUUCGACUGAAAAUCUUGGGUUGGCAAGCUUUAUAUUUCAUUUGUUAGAGUUGGUGGAGAAGGUAGAAAUGGUGGCUAUAAAAGUGGAAGAACUUGGUGAAAUUGCUCGGUUUCACAACAAAAAAGUUGAUGUCUGACUUUAAUCUACUCAGCUGUAAAUUACUGGUGCCCCUAUAUAAUAGAAAUAUGGGCAGUACCGCAGUACGAUAAAGAGACAAGCGCUACUCCAUUAGUUGGGAAAAUUAUGAUCCAGCCGAGCUACCAUUUUGAGUUUAUGGGUUAUGGGUUCGAGAAUAAGCUAACUUACUGGCCAUUCUAAAUAAAUUAUUUAUAUAUAUAAAUUAAAUUUUUAGCACAAAUAUAAAAAUUGGGUCAAAGCUACUGAAUCCUGCCCACGUGACAUAUAUCAUAUACUGAUAAGGUAUCGUAGAGUUUUGAUUCAUUUCUUUAAGAAAA